GAUAUUAAGGCGUUUGGUGGCCAUGGCUUGCCGAAUGGCGUGGACGUUACUGCUGAUCAGUGUCGUCAAUGUCCGGAGGGGUACCGCCAUAUCGGAAGACCAGCAGUUUUGGUACGAGAACGGCCAGCGGACGCUGCACGAGGUGCUCGAACGGCAGCGCCAGGAGCACGUCGCCAAGAACGUGGUGCUGCUGGUCGGAGACGGCAUGGGCAUGAGCACGGUGACCGCUGGACGCAUCUACCGCGGCCAGGAGUUCCGCCAGAGCGGCGAGCAGUACCGGCUCGCCUUCGAGAAAUUCCCCUUCGUCGGACUGGCCAAGACGUAUAACGUGAAUGCCCAGGUGGGCGACAGCGCGGCGUGCGCCACGGCGCUGUUCUGCGGCGCCAAGACCAACUUCCACCGGGUGGGGGUGGACUCGACCUCCGACGGCAACCUCUGCACCGGCGGCCGGCCGCUCUCCUCGCUCAUCGAGUGGGCGCAGAGAGCCGGCAAGGCGACCGGUCUGGUGACCAACACCCGGCUGACACAACAGCGCCGUCGGCGGC